GCGGCGGUGCAGGCAUGUCAGCCCUCGGAGCGCCGGGCCGCGCCGCGGAAGAGGGCCCCGCGGCGGCGGGAGGGCUGUUCCGCCCCCUCAGCGCCGAGGACGAGGAGCAGCUGCCGGCGGAGAUCGAGUCGCUGUGCAUGGCCUGUUAUCGCCAGGGAGUGACUCGAUUGUUGUUGACCAGAAUUCCAUUCUUCAAGGAGAUCAUUGUCAGUUCCUUCACCUGCAGCAGCUGUAACUGGUCAAACUCUGAGAUCCAGUCGGCUGGUCGGAUCCAGGAUCAAGGAGUGUGCUAUACACUGAGUGUGCGAAACAGGCAGGAUAUGAAUAGGGAAGUGGUGAAGACUGACUGUGCCACAGCUAGAGUCCCUGAGCUAGACUUUGAAAUCCCUGCCUUUUCUCAGAAGGGAGCUCUUACCACCCUGGAGGGGUUAAUUGACAGGGCCAUAGCAGGCCUGGAGCAGGACCAGCCGGGACGCCGGGCAGCAGACGCGGAUGUGGCAGAAAAAAUAGAUGCAUUUAUAUUUAAGCUGAAGCGCCUAAAAGAAGUGGAUUCCGCCUUCACUUUUAUCCUAGACGACCCCUCAGGUAACAGCUUUGUGGAGAACCCUUAUGCCCCACAGAGAGACGAAGCCCUGGUGGUGGCCCACUACUGGAGAACUGCUCAGCAAGCGGCUGCGCUUGGGAUGGAGGCAGAGGAGUCCAAGGGGAACUCAGUGGAUUCUGCCGAGGACCUGCGGAACGAGGUGCUGCAGUUCAGCACAAACUGCCCAGAAUGCAAUGCUCCAGCCGCUACGAACAUGAAGCUGGUGCAGAUUCCCCACUUCAAGGAGGUGAUCAUCAUGGCCACGAGCUGCGACUCCUGUGGGCACCGGACAAACGAGGUUAAAUCAGGAGGGGCCAUAGAGCCCUUGGGGACCAAGAUCACCCUGCAUGUGACAGACCCCUCGGAUCUGACCAGAGACAUCCUGAAGUCCGAAACCUGCAGGGUGGAAAUCCCGGAGCUGGACUUUGAGCUGGGAAUGGGAGCACUGGGUGGAAAGUUUACCACGCUGGAAGGGUUGCUGAAGGACAUCCAGGAUCUGGUGGCGAAGAACCCCUUCACCCUGGGAGACAGCUCCACGCCUGACCAAGCGGAAAAACUUCGCGCCUUUGGCCAGAAGCUGCAGCAGAUCAUCGACGGUCAGCUGAGGGUGCAUUUUGUCCUGGAUGACCCUGCAGGGAACAGCUAUCUUCAGAACUUGUACGCCCCCGAGGAGGACCCAGAGAUGCGCGUGGAGCGCUACGAGCGGCUGUUCGAGCAGAACGAAGCGCUGGGCCUCAACGACAUGAAGACGGAGGGCUACGAGGCAGACGGCGCCAGCCAGUCGUAGAGGCAGGCGGGGCCGUGGGCGGGGCCCUCCAAAAGCACCCGCAGGCCCCCAGCAAGAUCCUUCCUCGGGCAGCAGCGUGUGGCUCUCGGGACUGACGCCGGCCCACGGAGGACCGCUAGCACAGCCUUCCCCCGUUAAAGCCGAGGCGUGGCUGACCUGGAGAGGAUGCCGGCUUGGGGUGGGGGGGCAGGGUGUCCUGCGCUGCGAGUGGAUCACAGCUUCACCGCCCCCCUUCUUGCUCCCUCAGCGUCUUCAUCUUGCCGGCAUCUAAUCUGGCGGGUCCUUUAGCAGGUCCUGGCUGCGUAUUGACUGCUGCUCCGUGCCAGAAUAUGGACUGCAUCUCUGCGAGCGGCUGUAGCAUGGCCAGCCCUGUGCCCUCCCCUCCCCUCCCGGUGGCUGUCUGUCCGUCUGUCUGCUCUGUCUGUCCACGCUGGAGCAAUAAAGCAGUGAGGUGUUGUGAUAGUUCAA